AUGAACCAGAUAGAGCCCGGCGUGCAGUACAACUAUGUGUAUGACGAGGAUGAGUACAUGAUCCAGGAGGAGGAGUGGGACCGCGACCUGCUCCUGGACCCGGCCUGGGAGAAGCAGCAGAGGAAGACCUUCACCGCCUGGUGUAACUCCCACCUAAGGAAAGCUGGCACCCAGAUUGAGAACAUCGAGGAAGACUUCAGGAAUGGCCUUAAGCUCAUGCUGCUUUUGGAAGUCAUCUCAGGGGAAAGGCUGCCCAAACCUGACCGAGGAAAAAUGCGGUUCCACAAAAUUGCUAAUGUCAACAAAGCUUUGGAUUACAUAGCCAGCAAAGGGGUGAAACUGGUGUCCAUCGGGGCGGAAGAAAUUGUUGAUGGCAAUGUGAAAAUGACCCUGGGUAUGAUCUGGACCAUCAUCCUUCGCUUUGCUAUUCAGGAUAUUUCAGUUGAAGAAACAUCUGCCAAGGAAGGUCUGCUGCUUUGGUGUCAGAGGAAAACCGCUCCUUAUAGAAAUGUGAACAUUCAGAACUUCCACACUAGCUGGAAAGAUGGCCUUGGACUCUGUGCCCUCAUCCACAGACACCGGCCUGACCUCAUUGACUACUCAAAGCUUAACAAGGAUGACCCCAUAGGAAAUAUUAACCUGGCCAUGGAAAUUGCAGAGAAGCACCUGGAUAUUCCUAAAAUGUUGGAUGCUGAAGACAUUGUGAACACCCCCAAACCCGAUGAAAGAGCCAUCAUGACGUACGUCUCUUGCUUCUACCACGCCUUUGCGGGCGCGGAGCAGGCCGAGACGGCAGCUAACAGGAUAUGUAAGGUUCUUGCUGUGAAUCAAGAGAAUGAGAGGCUGAUGGAAGAAUAUGAGAGGCUAGCAAGUGAGCUUUUGGAAUGGAUCCGCCGCACGAUCCCCUGGCUUGAGAACCGGACUCCCGAGAAGACCAUGCAAGCCAUGCAGAAGAAGCUGGAGGACUUCCGGGAUUACCGCCGGAAGCACAAGCCCCCCAAGGUGCAGGAGAAGUGCCAGCUGGAGAUCAACUUCAACACGCUGCAGACCAAGCUGCGGAUCAGCAACCGGCCCGCCUUCAUGCCCUCGGAGGGCAAGAUGGUGUCGGACAUUGCUGGUGCCUGGCAGAGGCUGGAGCAGGCGGAGAAGGGUUACGAGGAAUGGUUGCUCAAUGAGAUCCGGAGACUGGAGCGCUUGGAGCACCUUGCUGAGAAGUUUAGGCAGAAAGCCUCCACGCACGAGACCUGGGCUUACGACAGUGAACUGGACUAUCAUGAUGCUGUGAAUGUCAAUGAUCGGUGCCAGAAAAUUUGUGACCAGUGGGACAGAUUGGGAACGCUUACGCAGAAGAGAAGAGAAGCCCUGGAGAGAACUGAGAAAUUGCUAGAAACCAUCGAUCAGCUUCACCUGGAAUUUGCUAAGAGAGCAGCUCCUUUCAACAAUUGGAUGGAGGGUGCGAUGGAGGAUCUGCAAGACAUGUUUAUUGUCCAUAGCAUCGAGGAAAUCCAGAGUUUGAUCACUGCCCACGAGCAGUUCAAGGCCACGCUGCCCGAGGCGGACGGGGAGCGGCAGUCCAUCCUGGCCAUCCAGAACGAGGUGGAGAAGGUGAUUCAGAGCUACAACAUCAGAAUCAGCUCGAGCAACCCAUACAGCACUGUCACCAUGGAUGAAAUCCGGACCAAGUGGGACAAGGUGAAGCAGCUGGUGCCCAUCCGCGAUCAGUCCCUGCAGGAGGAACUGGCUCGCCAGCACGCUAACGAGCGUCUGAGGCGCCAGUUUGCGGCGCAGGCCAAUGCCAUUGGGCCAUGGAUCCAGAACAAGAUGGAGGAGAUUGCCCGGAGCUCCAUCCAGAUCACAGGAGCCCUGGAAGACCAGAUGAACCAGCUGAAGCAGUAUGAGCACAACAUCAUUAACUACAAGAACAACAUCGACAAGCUGGAGGGAGACCACCAGCUCAUCCAGGAGGCCCUCGUCUUUGACAACAAGCACACGAAUUACACGAUGGAGCACAUUCGUGUCGGGUGGGAGCUGCUGCUGACGACCAUCGCCAGGACGAUCAACGAGGUGGAGACCCAGAUCCUGAUGAGGGACGCAAAGGGCAUCACCCAGGAGCAGAUGAACGAGUUCAGAGCCUCCUUCAACCACUUCGACAGGAGGAAGAAUGGGCUGAUGGAUCAUGAGGAUUUCAGAGCCUGCCUGAUCUCCAUGGGCUAUGAUUUGGGUGAAGCCGAAUUUGCCCGUAUUAUGACCCUGGUUGAUCCCAAUGGACAAGGCACAGUCACCUUUCAGUCCUUCAUUGACUUCAUGACUAGAGAGACAGCCGACACCGACACUGCCGAGCAGGUCAUUGCCUCCUUCCGCAUCCUGGCUUCCGAUAAGCCAUAUAUCCUGGCAGAGGAGCUGCGUCGGGAGCUGCCUCCGGACCAGGCCCAGUACUGCAUCAAGAGGAUGCCCACCUACACAGGCCCGGGCAGCGUGCCUGGCGCCCUGGAUUACACCGCGUUCUCUUCUGCGCUCUACGGGGAGAGCGAUCUGUGAUGCUGAGGUUCUGUAAUCAUUGAUGCCAUCAGAACGCAAUAAAAGCUGAAGUCACAGUUUGUUUCCUGGAAA